GAAAAUUUUCUUAUGUAAACCUCAUAGCUUAGUUCACAAUAACAGUUAAGAAAACAGCAAUUUGAAGCAUAUUUAAAUAAGCAGGCUGAUAAAUUAAGAACUCAAAAGGAUAGAAGAUAAGAAAUUAAACUUCAAACCAAAGAUCCUAAAGAAUUAUAAUUGCAUGUUCAAAAAGAAUUUAGACUACUUUAUGACAGUAAAUUUCAUAUAAAUUUAGAUAUUAUUAUUCCUAUAAAUUAGAAGGCAAUCAAAACAGAAGAUCAAAUUCAACAAUUAAUUGAUGAAUUUCAAGUGUUAUUUUAAUAUUAUGUGGACAUCAAUUAUGCCUUAAUUGCAUAUGACAAAUAACAAUAUAAAGAAGUACAAUCUUAAUCUAUUUAAAGUAAUUAGACUAAUUAGAAUGUACAAUAUUCACUCUAAGGUCCUAAAUCAUUCCGAGAUAAAAAUUUAGGUUUUCGAAACCAUUUCCAAAGGGGAUUCCUCAAUAGAGCAAAAUCUUAGAGGAAAAGCAAAAUUUGUUGGAAAAUGAUUCUAUUGUCAUAACUCAGGACAAUUAUUAGGAAUCGAUAACCUUAGAAAAUGGGUCACUAUUGUUGAAAAACUUGGAAAAUACUACCUUUAAUGUUGAGGGGUCAUUGGAUACAUUUUAUUUGCAUAGUCUUAAAAAUCUUAAAGUAAAAUUUGGAGACGUGAAGGGAAGUGUAUGGGUUGAUAAAUGCUAAAAUUGUGAAUUUUAAGGAAGUAUGCAUCAAUUAAGAAUUCAUGACACCCUAGAUUGUGCAUUUAUCAUCCAUGUCACAUCAAAUCCUAUCAUAGAGAGAUGUUCCAAAUUAUCCUUUUCUAAAUUGAGCAAUAAGGAUGGCAAUUUGUUUGAUUAAGUUCAAGAUUUCAAUUGGUUAAAAUAAGAGAAAUCACCAAACUUUAGUAUAAUUUGAAA